GCUAACAGUGCUGGAGGAGCUCGGCUGGAAUAAAAGGUGUGGGAGCCGGCAGAGGCUGCCCCGAGCUGAGGGAGCGGUGGGAAGCCAGGCGGGAGGAGGAGGAGGAGGAGGAGGAGGAUGUCGGCACUCAGCGCCUUGCCCUUCCUGAAGCCGGUGCAGCUGCGCUCGCCCCGCAGCCCGCCCGGGGGCCAGCGCCGGCACACGCUGCCCGCCAGCGAGUUCCGCUGCCUCAGCCCCGGGGACGCCGUCAGCGUGUUCGAGAUCGAGCGCGAAGCCUUUAUAUCAGUUUCUGGGGACUGUCCCCUGCACCUGGAUGAGAUCCGACACUUCCUGAACCUGUGCCCGGAGCUGUCCCUCGGCUGGUUUGAGGAAGGGCGGCUCGUGGCAUUCAUCAUUGGCUCCCUCUGGGACCAGGAGAGGCUCAGCCAGGCAGCCCUGACCCUGCACAAGCCGCAGGGCUCGGCCGUGCACAUCCACGUGCUGGCCGUGCACCGCACCGUGCGCCAGCAGGGCAAGGGCUCCAUCCUGAUGUGGCGCUACCUGCAGCACCUGCGCUGCCUGCCCUGCGCCCGCCGCGCCCUGCUCAUGUGCCAGCCCUUCCUCGUGCCCUUCUACCAGAAGUGUGGCUUCCAGGCGCUGGGGCCCUGUCAGGUGACCGUGGGGGACCUGGCCUUCGUGGAGAUGCAGCACGCGGUGCGGGGCCACGCCUUCAUGCGCAGGAACAGCGGCUGCUGAGGCCCCACUGCCCCGGGGGGAUGAGAGGCUGCAGCCCCUCUCCAUCCUCACUGCUGUGAUCCAUCAUCCCUAGCUGGCCCUGGCCACAGCUGCUCCCUCUGCCGCAUCUGCCUUCCAGCCACACCAGCCUGGCCCAAUCCCGCCCCUGCAGGGCUGGGCACAGGAAUUCCUGCCAGAUCCUGCUGGAAGCAUCAGCUCCCUGGGCUCUGCUUUAGCCAGGGCUGCGCUGGCUGCAGGGCCACGAGCCCGCUGGGAUGGAAAGGUUUGCCCUGGGAAUGGCUGGGGGCUCUGCUGUUUUGGGGAUACUUCGAUCCACCAUGGCUUGCUGAGACACCCAGCAGAGCCCCUGCAAACACGUGCCCCAGGGUGGCACCCCUCCCACCAUCACCACCACCAUGACUGGAGCACACCAGGCCAAGGCCUCCCUGAGCAGCCCCCAGGCCAGGCAGGGGCCAUGGCAGCCACCCCCCUGCCCACAGACAUCCUUCCAGCCCUCUUGGAGCACAUUCCCAGCCCACAGCCACCCUGAGCUGCACAUUGCAGAGCCUCCCCAGGGAACCAGCCCAAACCAUUUGGUCCUCCCUGUCCCAGACUCACAACCAGCCCAGGACAAGCCUUCUGCAAACAACUCAGGUUGUUGGAAAGCAGCAAAUAAAGAUGUGGUGGUGAUUUUCUA